AUGCAGCGCGUCGCAGGCGGUCGCGAUACCGUACGGGAAGUGUCUCACCGCGUAAACAUCCAAACUUUGUCCAACAAUCCUCCAUCAUCCAUUACCAAGAAGAAGCAGACAUCCUCCAUCAUGGAGCAAGCACCUCCAUCGACCCUUUGUGACUUCCUCCUCGCUCACCCAAAGUUCACCAAAGCCCGCCUUCCGUCCCUGUUCUCGGAUUUCACCUCGCAACGGGAAUCGAAUCCAGAUGGAUACGCAGCGAAUGUAACGGCGUGGAAGAGUGCGAUUGAGGCUGCAGCGAAGGCUGGGGCCUUUAGAAACAGUGAGGAUAGGUUGGUAUUGGAGACGGGGCCGUCGUUGUUGAGGGAUGCAAGUAGCAGGGAGUGGGGGAGUCCGCUUGGGUUGGGUGCUGUGAUUGCUUCGUUACUCUCAAGUGGAGAUUUGAUACCACUAACAACAUAUACGUCACAACAGCAGAGCAUCUAUGCUUCGUCUUCGUGGUCGGUGGGUGCGAUACUAUCAUGGGGGUUUCGCAAAGUUAUCGGAGAACGGCAGCCGUCAGUUGACCUUUCGAAAACUGAGAAAUACGUCAUGGUUCAGAACCUGGAGUCCGCAGCAAACAAUGUUCUCCGUCUUGCGUGCUCCCGGAUCUCAUCGCCAUACACCGAUCCUAUCUACUCAACACAAACGUUCACAGAGACCUUCGCAGCAACGGCAGUACCUGGAACCACGCUCUCUGCCACCGAUGUGAAAGCAUUGUUGACGUUCCUCUCAAGAGACAAAGGCGAGAUCCGUAUUGAUGGUGACACAAUUAAGUUCAAGUCAUCGCCAGGCGCUGAACUACCAGCCGAAAUUACUGAAGCAGACCACUCCGUCGCAAAACUGCACACAGCUAUCCUGAACCUUACACGUCAAAUCGAUGCUCUCACGGAACGCUCGACUGCCUACGACCAAGCAGCGCGUGCGGCUGUAUCGAAGGGACAGAAGACCCUUGCGCUCUCAUCAUUGAAGAGCAAGAAACUCGCAGAAGUUGCGCUCGGUCAACGUGCGGGGACUCUUCACCAACUACAAGAGAUCAUUCAGAAGGUGGAUCAAGCAAAUACGGACGCCUCCACCAUCUCCAUCAUGGAAUCAGGUGCGAAGGUCCUGGAGGGGUUGAUGAAAGACAUUGGUGGCGUACAGCGCGUUGACGAAGUCGUCGACCGUGUUAGGAGGGGUGUGGAGGAUGUCGAUGAGGUUAGCGGGAUUAUAGCCGAGCUUGGGAAGGAGACGGCGGAGGUUGACGAGGAUGAGUUGGAGGCCGAGUUUGCUGGGUUGAUGGAGGAGGGGGAGAAAGAGGAGAAGCAGAAGCAGAAGGAGGAGGAGAAGAAGGCAGAGAGGACGGCGGAAGAGGAAGACGAAUUGCUCAGGAGGCUUAAGGGGAUCAGGUUGGAUGGGGUGAAGGCUUUGGACAAGGAGGUGGAGAAGAGGACGGAGACGGAGAAGAAGGCGGAGCCGCUGGCGGCUUAG